GGCGCGCUGCAGGCCCGCCCCCUCCCCCCUGGCUUGGACGCUGCGCGGAGCCGCGGGCGGGAGGGCUGACGGACCGACCGACGGGAGGGACAGGAGCCGAGCAAGAUGGCGCAGACUCAGGGCACCAGGAGGAAAGUCUGUUACUACUACGACGGUGAUGUUGGGAAUUACUACUAUGGACAAGGCCAUCCAAUGAAGCCUCACCGGAUCCGCAUGACUCACAACUUGCUGCUCAACUAUGGUCUCUACCGGAAAAUGGAAAUCUAUCGCCCUCACAAAGCCAAUGCUGAGGAGAUGACCAAGUACCACAGUGACGACUACAUUAAGUUCUUGCGCUCCAUUCGUCCGGAUAACAUGUCCGAGUACAGCAAGCAGAUGCAGCGAUUCAACGUUGGUGAGGACUGUCCAGUAUUUGAUGGCCUGUUUGAAUUUUGUCAGUUGUCUACUGGUGGCUCUGUAGCAAGUGCUGUGAAACUUAAUAAGCAGCAGACGGACAUCGCUGUGAAUUGGGCUGGGGGCCUGCACCAUGCAAAGAAGUCCGAGGCAUCUGGCUUCUGUUACGUCAAUGAUAUCGUCUUGGCCAUCCUGGAACUGCUAAAGUAUCACCAGAGGGUGCUGUAUAUUGACAUUGAUAUUCACCACGGCGAUGGCGUGGAAGAGGCCUUCUAUACCACAGACCGGGUCAUGACCGUGUCCUUUCAUAAGUAUGGAGAGUACUUCCCAGGAACUGGGGACCUACGGGAUAUUGGGGCUGGCAAAGGCAAAUAUUAUGCUGUUAACUACCCGCUCCGAGAUGGGAUUGACGACGAGUCCUAUGAAGCCAUUUUCAAGCCGGUCAUGUCCAAAGUGAUGGAGAUGUUCCAGCCUAGCGCCGUGGUCUUACAGUGUGGCUCAGACUCCCUGUCUGGGGAUCGGCUGGGUUGCUUCAAUCUGACCAUCAAAGGGCACGCCAAGUGUGUGGAAUUUGUCAAGAGCUUCAACCUGCCCAUGCUGAUGCUGGGAGGAGGCGGUUACACCAUCCGCAAUGUCGCCCGGUGCUGGACAUACGAAACCGCCGUGGCCCUGGACACAGAGAUCCCUAAUGAGCUUCCAUACAAUGACUACUUCGAAUACUUUGGGCCAGAUUUCAAGCUUCACAUCAGUCCUUCCAAUAUGACGAACCAGAACACUAAUGAGUAUCUGGAAAAGAUCAAACAGCGGCUGUUCGAGAACCUGAGGAUGCUGCCGCACGCGCCUGGGGUCCAAAUGCAGGCGAUUCCUGAGGAUGCCAUCCCGGAGGAGAGUGGCGAUGAGGAUGAAGAAGACCCUGACAAGCGCAUCUCGAUCUGUUCCUCUGACAAACGAAUUGCCUGUGAGGAGGAGUUUUCCGACUCCGAUGAGGAGGGAGAGGGCGGGCGCAAGAAUUCUUCCAACUUCAAGAAAGCCAAGAGAGUCAAAACAGAAGAUGAAAAAGACAAAGAUGCUGAAGAGAAGAAAGAAGUCGCAGAAGAGGAGAAAACCAAGGAGGAGAAGCCAGAAGCCAAAGGGGUCAAAGAGGAGGUCAAGCUGGCCUGAGCAGACUUCUCCAGAUCUGGCUCCUGGCCAGCUUUCCCACCUUUCUCCCUUAACCCCUCAAGAUUUUAUAUUUUCUAUUUCUGUGUAUUUAUAUAAAAAUAUAUUAAAUAUAAAUAUCCCUGAGGACUAGACAAGAACCAAGGCCCUGAGGCCAGGGUAGCCAAGCUGGGUAAACUCAUAGCCGCUGCCCUGCCAGCCAUCCCUCCCCAGUUCGAUUUUAAACCACGAAGGGCUCCAGGUGUGGGUAGAAGGGAGCUACAAGACACGCCGGGGUGUGUCCCUAGCAGGUAUGGAAAGGUGCCCCCUGUUGACCAUUCUAGGAGGGUAGGGGUGGCUGGGUCUUCAGGGACUUCCUGUUCUUUCCAGCCCCUAAGGUAACGUUAGCCAUUUUUAGGUUGGUUCUGUUCUCGUCAUACCGUCCCGCUGGCCUCAGGUGAGCCCCGAAACUAAUGCUGCCCGCCCUCGGUCUUCCCCAGCUCUGCAGGUGGAGGCUGGCGGCCUAGCUUCCUUUUUGAGAUACUAUUUUCAUUUUUGUGCGACUCUUUGUAAUAAAAUGGUACCUUUCUAUACCCA